AUGGGUAUUUCAACAGAACAGUGGCGCGGAGCCAUAGGGAUGUUUAUCCAUCGAGGACACUCUGCAAACAGAGACCCCUCAGCAUACAGAAACAGCCCUGUCUCCUUACGAUUGAUACAACAACUUUUGAUGAGAGCUGGGAUUGAAACCAACCCAGGGCCAAACCCACUAGAGGCUACAGAUGCCAUGCAUGAGUUGGGCCAUCAGAUUGUAGCAUGCAAUAAGGAUGGAGAGCUGACCAAACAAGCUGAACUGAUGUGUAAGCUUGGAAAUGAAUAUGCAGAACUAGGGAAAGAAACAGCUGAUGGUUGGCACUUUAAUUGGGCUGCAGCACUCUUUAAUUCUGCGAAACAACGGAUUGAAAACGAUCAGGUAACAAACUCAGAUAGUCAUUGUAAUGUUGACUAUAUAAACCAACAACUGCAACAAAUAGAGACCGACUUUCUGAAAACUGUAUGUAAAGAAAACACUGAACCAACAUUGAGUUGUACAAAGAAAUACAAAGAAGAAAUUGAGAAAUUAAGGGAAUAUUCCAAUGAGACUGUUAAUGCUAUUCAUAUUAAUGAUAUGCAAAUUGACAGUGUCACAUCUGAAAUGACUAUUGAAAAUGAAGAUAAAACAAUUGCUCAUAGCAAAGCUUAUUAUGAUAAACUGAUAGAGUUCAUUAUAUCUCUAUAUAACACAAUGCUUGGUGAUUGCAUAUCAGUCCUUGCAGCACCAAAGUGCAAGUAUGCGAUUUUGGGUCUAGGAUCGCUGGCUCAAAAGGAGGCGACAGCCUGGUCAGAUCUUGAGUCAGCCAUUCUGUAUGACCCAGGUGACAAAACAGAGAAUGAAAUCAAAGAAAUAAAGCAAGAAUUCAGAACUCUUGUGCAUUAUUUCCAUAUGAAGAUAAUAAAUCUUGGGGAGACAUUGAUUAACAAUCUUGACAUCCCAGUUCUUAAUGAUUUUAAUGACAAACUCCCUAAACAUUUGAAAAACAAUGACUUUUAUGACACAAUCACAAAGAGAGGUCUGAGCUUUGAUGGUACCCAGCCAAAAGCAAGCAAGACACCAUUUGGUAGGCAAUCAACACAAAAUCCUAACAAAUGUACAGGUCUAGAACUGAUAAUGACUGUUGAAGAGAUGGCUCAGUGUCAGCAAGAAGAUGUGUCCAUCAAGGAAGGGUAUCAUCUCAGUGAUGUUCUUCUCACAUCCACCCUUAUAAAAGGAGACCUUGCACUCUGGGAACAAUACAAUAACAAGGUUCACACAAUACUAGCAUCACCUUCUGCCAAUAACCCAAAUAUAUCAAUAGGCAGGGGACGAGGACUGGAAACACUGACAGAGGAUUUAGAAAAUUACAUUAGAAAUCCUCUUGCGCCAGAGUCAUUUAGUAAAAAAAUACACACAAAACACACUAUAUACAGUGCAAUUGAAACAUUUAAACAAGAAGAGGUAAGAAUCGAAUCACUCACAACAAAAGGUCAUGAAAUUAAGCUAAGUGAUGUGAAAUACAACAUAGCCAGAGUGUAUCUAUCACAAGGAGAGUAUAAUAUAGCAAUAAAAUACAUCAAUGAGAGUAUGAUACUGUUGAAACAAUUGUAUGGGGACCAUCAUAACAUAAGGUUAGCAAACUCAUUAUCCCUCAUCAGCAUUGCAUAUGACUCUAAAGGUGACUACAACAGAUCUAUACAAAACCAUGAAGAGAGUCUGACCAUGAAGAAGCUAAUUCAUGGUGAUCAUCCUCACACUGAUAUAGCAGCCUCAUUAAAUAAUAUUGGCUCUGCAUAUCAAUCUAAAGGAGACUAUAACAAGUCUAUAAAAUACCAUGAAGAGAGUCUGACCAUGAGGAAGCUGAUUCAUGGUGAUCAUCCUCACACUGACAUAGCAGACUCAUUAAAUAAUAUUGGUACUGCAUAUGAAUCUAAAGGAGACUAUAACAAGUCUAUAAAAUACCAUGAAGAGAGUCUGACCAUGAUGAAGCUGAUUCAUGGUGAUCAUCCUCACACUGACAUAACAGCCUCAUUAAAUAAUAUUGGCUCUGCAUAUCAAUCUAAAGGAGACUAUAACAAGUCUAUAAAAUACCAUGAGGAGAGUCUGACCAUGAUGAAGCUGAUUCAUGGUGAUCAUCCUCACACUGAUAUAACAGCCUCAUUAAAUAAUAUUGGUAUUGCAUAUCAAUCUAAAGGAGACUAUAACAAAGCUAUAAAAUACCAUGAGGAGAGUCUGACCAUCAGGAAGCUGAUUCAUGGUGAUCAUCCUCACACUGACAUAGCAAAUUCAUUAAAUAAUAUUGGUAUUGCUUAUCAAUCUAAAGGAGACUAUGACAAGUCUAUAAAAUACUAUGAGGAGAGUCUGACCAUGAAGAAACUGAUUCAUGGUGAUCAUCCUCACACUAGCACUGCUAACUCAUUGGCCAAUAUUGGUUUUGUAUAUUAUGCUAUGGGGGAAUAUAAAGUAGCAAUGAACUACUACAAUAAGAGCCUUGUCAUAUUCAAGCAGGUACAUUCAAAUAAUGAUCAUCCUGAUAUUCAGAAUUUAGACCAUUGGAUCAGACUGGCAGAGGAGAAGAGAAAUAUAUGAGGAACUAAAAGAAAAAAGUGACAUAGAAAGAAUCUACCUUAAACAAUUUAUAACACACAUGUAUGAAUUCUCUUGCAGUCUGCCUAGUUUGGCAUAAGGAUAUUUUAUUGUCUCUUUGUCCUAUUUUCCCCCAUAUCUACCCAAACUCAGACCCCCUUUCUAAAUUUUGGACAUACUCUGUAAAUCACGCAACCUGGCAACUGUAUAUUAGCUUCGACAGUGGUUUAUACAUCAUAUAAUUAUAUUCCUUCAUUUCUAUGUAUUUAAAGUACUUCACUGUCACAGUAUACCGAUGUACAUUUUUCACAGUAUAUUCCCUUAAACAUUUAUGUAAAAAAGGUGAGCAUCUUAUUGGAUAUCGUCAAUGCUAACAUACUGCAUGGUGUCACUUGUCAAUUAAACAAGAAAUCAUUUGGUUAACUCAUUGCUGACAAACCUGGAAAUAUUUCAUCUAUGACGUCAUAAUUGCAUCUAACCAACCGUACAUAUCUCAGGGUGCUGUUCAAUCAUGUAUGGCACACCAUCUAUACCAAUAAUCUUACAAAAUAUUGUAAGUGUCACUAGGGGACCAUGGUUGG